CCUCCCACACACACACCACAGAUAACAAGAUCUUAGACACCAUAAACCCAGAGAGAGAGGAUUCGGAUGCCCACAUCGCUGAGGGAGCGGUGACAAGUGCAAAGAUCACAGAGAGUGACACACACACUACACACUACGUCACAGAUAAAGUCGACUUUUCUGUCCCAGACCCAGAUAGUGAGAACACACACACACUCCACGCCGUCAGAGAGGCUGCUCUCUCACACGCACUCGCACACAACUCAGAGGCGGUAUCCAAAACUAUCACACACGUUGAACACAUUGUGCUUGAGUCAGACACCCACUCUGUCGAGAGAGAAGUGAUUAGUGGAGUGAGUAGUGAGGGGGCAGGCACUUUCCCUGGGCGUUCUGGGAGAGCCAGUCCGGACACUGGAGUGACAGAUCAGGUAGCAUCUAAGCUGUCUGUCACAGAAACACACACACACACCUUCCCUGACACACUGGUGGAGAGAGAGGACCGUCUUCCAGAAACACACCUCAGCCAGCCUGCCAGGUCUGUGAAUGUGUCAGCUGACCCCAGUCCAGCUGUGGAACAGCCUGGUUUACAGACUCAACUCAUAAGCGCUGAUUCGGAUCGAGACGCAGAGAUGAAUUCCAGCUAUGACAUCCAGAGCACCUCAAGCACCAUGUUCACAUUAAGGCCAUCCCACACCAGCGAGGGCUCACCCCCAAACAAUUUCAAACACCGUAUCCAUAAAGUUUCUCUGGUGUUGGAGGAUGCCUCAGCGAGCGCUGCUCCAGAGCCGGUGGACCUCAGUGGGACUGACUCCCUCUUCUCUUCCUUGCCCCCCAAUGUGGAGGAUGCCUCCAGCAACUCAACCCCUGGACCUGCCACCAGCCUGGCCCACUCUCCGCCAGGUGGGCCGGAGGUGGGACCUCCAGCUGCAGGGUACAAGUUGAAGCAGUUUGAUGCGGAGAUCCGAUCCACACCUGAGCCCACAGGAGAGGAAUGUGAUUUCCCGUCCAGCACCUUCUCCUCCCUUACCCUGUCCCAGACUGGCCUCUACACACGACACCUGACCCGCCCCUCCCCCCUUUCCCCGGAGACGCCCGGUUUCCACGGCAACGUGGGCUGGCCGAGCGCCAGUAGCAAAGUUCAGCUGAGUAGUGUGAACGAGGCAAGGGGAGGGGCCGGGGGAGAAGGGGGGUGGAGAAUUCGGAGGGGCUGGGCGGAGCCAGAAGCACCUGCAGGAGAGGAGACCGGUGAGGGAGAGAGAGAGGUAGUUGAGAGAGGGACGCAGUGGAACAAGUCAGGCUGGGACUCGCAACGACUCCCAGUGUCAGGCGUCGCGCCUGCUGCAGCCCAUCACAGCCAAGAUAUCUACCACAACGACUUUGCUUUCUCUGGAGUGUACACGGCCACACGCGUGGAGCUCACCCCUGACCUUUCUCCGUCUUCCCCUUUGACCCCUGUGACCCCCGACCUCGGUUCCCCCUACCAGCAAGAUAUGGAGAACAUGAUGGACACCCUGAAGAGCAUGGACCGCCCCAAGAGACCACGUAGCCUGCGUGGGGUGCCCCCCUCACUCUUCUCUUCCUUGCCCCCCAUUGUGGAGGAUGCCUCCAGCACCAACUCAACCCCUGGACCUGCCACCAGCCUGUUCCACUCUCCUCCUGCCCCUGGAGCCCCAGACAAGGCCCAUAAUGGGGGCCCCCCCAGCAGCAUACCUGUUGACCUGGGAUUCAAGUGGAGCUCACCCAAGGACAAGCUCUCCCCCCUGGAAAUGAUGAAGCUCCAACAGAAGCAGGAGCCGGUUGGGGACAAAAACCAAGGCUUCAUCCCCACAAGGAGGACCUCACUGGGCUCGGAUUCCUCCCAUGACAGCUCCCCCUCUUAUCUGAAUGGGGGAGGUGGCGGGGGUAAUCCCCUGACCCCUGGAUCCACCUCUCGUCUGGACAACAGCUUCCUGUUCUCCGGCUAUCGCCAGGGCUCCAUGGAACAGCCAUCCGUGGAGAACGACAGGGUAAAGUCCAAGGCCUAUCUCUCCAGAGCGACCUCGCUUCCGGACAUCGGAACUUCGAAUGACCGCUUGAGCUUCUCCUCCAUCGGUAUCCCCAACACUGGCACAGGCACUGUUACUGGCACUGGAACAGACAAUACCGUCCCCUCCCGUUACGAGCGCUUGUCCUUCCUCGUGUCCUCCUCGUCCCUCACAGGGGCUCCGGACAGCAACUCGCGCAUCAGCAGACCUCCACCGCUCCAGCUCCUCUCCUCCCCCACCUCAACCGGAGAGCGAACCUUCUCUUCCCCCUCACACCUGCUCAGCCCCACAGCCUCCAGCGACCUGCAGCGCUCCUUCUCCAUGGAGGCCCUCACAGCCAGGUUCAACCACAACCAAGCCCAGAACCAGGCUCAGAUCCAGAGCAUGGGUGCCAUGAAUGGCAUGGGUGGUAGUAUGGGCUCCAUUGGCUCCAUGGGGCUCCAGAGGAGCUUCAACAACGAGGGUACCUCAGGGGGAGGAGGGACACCCCUCUUCAACAGUGUCCAUGGGGGCUCCCACUUUAACCCUGAGCCAGAACCAGAGAAGAUCCAGAUGGUGCCCAAGUACAGAGCCUUCCCUGAUGCCUAUCUCACCAAGGAGAAGGAGCAUGGCAAGCUUAACCCCCGCCCAGGAAAGAUGUUCAUCUUCGACGAGGCUGGAAUGUGCGGCCAGAGAAUCGAGGUGCGCGGUGAUGUCAUCGACGCCACGCCCUGGCAGCUACAGGAGACCGUCUCCAUCAGGGUGGUCAGAGGAGGCUGGGUGCUGUAUGAGAAGCCCAACUUCAAAGGGGAGAAGAUAGCUCUGGACGAGGGGGACAUCGAGAUCACCUACCCCUUCCACCCCCCCGAGGAGGGGAUGGAGGACGGGCAGCAGCAGCGACAGCAGCAGAAGCAGCAGAGCGGACAGAGCGACCAGAGGGAGCAGAACGAGACGGGGCAGCAGAACGGAGAGAUGGAGGACGGGGAGAAGGAGAACGGGGUCCAGGAGGGAGAGGAAGGAAAGGCUAUUCCUGUCAGGAGGUUCAUCAUAGGAUCUAUUCGCAGAGCUGUCAGAGACUACAGUGUUCCAGAGAUCAGCCUGUUCCCAGAGGAGAACGCCGAGGGGAAGAAGGUCACCUUCAGGGACACCUCCGAAGACGCCAGGAUCUUCGGCUUCCCCAUCAAGGCCAACUCCAUCAUCAUCAACGCUGGACUGUGGCUAGUGUAUGCCGAGCCCUUCUUCCAGGGUAUCCCCAAGGUUCUGGAGGUGGGGGGGUUCCACAACCCUGCGGCCUGGGGCGUGGAACAGCCCUACGUGGGCUCAGUACACCCCCUCAAAAUAGGUGAACCGAGAGUGGAGAAACCCAACGAGGCGAAGCUGGUGAUCUAUGAGAAACCCUACUUCACUGGCAAGACCAGGACCAUCUAUUCCAACAUGAAGGACUUCAUGACCAGGGUGGAGCGCAGUCAGAUUGCCUUCAUGUACAGCGCUGGUUCCAUAAAAGUACAGGGAGGAUGCUGGGUGGGGUAUGAGAAGGAGGGUUUCCGUGGCUACCAGUACCUGUUGGAGGAGGGGGAGUACCACGACUGGCGGGUGUGGGGGGGUCACAACGCUGAGCUACGCUCUAUCAGAGUCCUGAGGGCGGACCUGACGGAACCCAUGCUGGUGAUGAUUGAGCAGCCGGAAGGCGAGCUGGAGGAGGGGCAGCAGGUGGAGGAGAACAGCUUUGAGGUGACGGAGGCCAUCCCUGACGUCGAGCUGUUUGGUUACCGCCCAACCACGCGUUCCGUCAAUGUCCUCAGCGGAGCAUGGGUUGCCUACUCCCAUGUGGACUACUCUGGCGAGCAGUACAUCCUGGAGAAGGGUUUCUAUAACAACUGCGCCGACUGGGGUUCCCAGGACAACCGCAUAUGUUCCAUACAGCCCAUCCUACUGGCUGCUGGUGAAAGCCACGGUUCCAGGAAUGAGGUGGUCCUCUACUCUGAGACAGACUUCCAGGGAGAGUGUCACAUGUAUGACCAGGCCCAGGAGACCCUCGCUGACAGACUGCUGGCCAAGUCCUGCAGAGUCAUGGGAGGAAGCUGGGUUAUGUAUGACGCAAAGACCUACAAAGGGGACCUGUACGUGCUUUCAGAGGGAGACUACCCCAACUUCAGCAGCAUGGGCUGUCCCUCCAGCUACGUGAUCCGCUCCCUCAAACCUGUUCCUCAGAUGUUCUCGUUGCCCUCCAUCUCUCUGUUUGGCCUGGAGUGUCUGGAGGGUCGUGAGAUCACCAUAGACACAGACAUGGUCAAUAUGCUGGAGGAAGGCUACAACAACCACACCCUGUCUGUCAGGGUCAACAGUGGCAGCUGGGUGUUGUGUGAGCACAGUAACUACAGGGGGCGUCAGUUCCUGCUGGAGACCAUAGAGAUUCCCAACUGGCCCAAGUUCAGCCAGCUGCACACCAUAGGCUCCAUGUACCCCGUGCGACAGAGGCGGCGCUUCUUCUGUAUCAAGAAUAAAGAGCGAGGUCACUACCUGUCGAUCCAAGGAGGCGUAGAGGAGUUGAAGUCGGGGCGGGUGGUAGUGAUGGAGACGGUGGAGGGAAUGAGCGAAGUCUGGUUCUACCAGGACGGACUGAUCAAGAACAAGCUGGCUCCCUCCAUGAGUCUCCAGGUGAUGGGCAACGUGGAUGCGGGGGCCAAGGUGGUGCUGUGGUCAGAGACCCGCCAGCCGGUCCAGACCUGGUCUGCCCAGAUGAACGGGCCCGUGGUCAGCCUCACCUUCCCUGGCAUGGUGCUGGACAUCAAAGGAGGUAAGACCUAUGACAGGAACUUUGCAGUGAUCAUGCCGGAGAGUGAGGAGAGACCCUGCCAGCAAUGGGAGCUAGAGAUUCUGUAACGUAACAGCAACCUUCCCUCAACCUGGCUGCAACAAACCCUGGCAACCAACCUGCAAACUUUUCUUCAGCUUUACAUCAGCAGUCACUCAACCAUUUAUGGAGUUAAUCUUCCUUUGACUUGGAGUCAACCAUCUCACACACCUGUCUUCAAUAUCCCGCACUGUUUUUGAUCACCUAACUCUUUCUCAACUGCUCAGAACUUGUGUGUGAGUUUGUGAAUGUGGAUUCAGCCUGUAGAGGGUGCUGCAGACUCUGCUCCCAGAUAGACACUCCCCACACUAACGCAGACUGCUGCUAACCCAGCGAAGGUACUGGGUACACUAUGCAACCAGUUGGAAGUUCAUGUUCGACAUGGAGUCAGAUGUUGUGGGCAUUUCUACAUGCAUGGACUGCAUGAGAAUUGAAAAGAUCUAGCAAAAAUGGGCUCAAGCCCAACUUUGUGGUGAACAGACAAGAACCUUUUUACACUUGACUUUGGGGGGUUUCUGUUUACAGUGCUGUAGCUAUGAUGGUCUGCUGUACUUAAAACAUUGUGCUCUCACCACUUUAUAGGUUGCUUCAGUUUCAAACCACUUAAAUGUCCUAAUUGAAACUCUACCCCCUUAUCUAUUAAGUAAUCAACUGUAUAAGGUUCAAAAAGUUUUUUUAUUCAUUAGUUAAAACAUGAUCAAAGUCUUAUCUGUCUAUAUAAUGUACUUUAUCAUGUAUGAAUGGGAAAUAUGACCAAAUGAAGCUUUUCCUAAUGUAAAGUAAUGCUAUGGGGAUUUGGGUGCUCUUACAGUUGAUGGCAUUCUGUUAAAGUUGGUGUUUAUGUUUAUGCAAAGGGUGAUGUUUUAUAGAUGUCACACAUAAACAAUAUGGUCAACAAACACUUUGAAUACACAGCAUGUCACAUUCUUUUCUGUACAGCUCCCAGUGUCUCACGUCUGCGUUGAUAUUGAGGUAUUUUGUGAAAUGUAUUAUAACAGGGAGUGGUUUUAAAAUAUCUAAUAAAGAUACUGAAUUAAAUCAACUGGGUUAUUUAUCUACAA